AGCUGCUGGGAGUAAGACGGAACACUUAUCGCGGAGCAAGAAUUUCCAACCUUUGUUCAACUAACAAGAUGUCUUCAAUCGUCAUAGCCGUGUUUAAACUUACCAUCGGCUUGCUUGGAAAUAGAUUCAGGGACAAGUUAGCAGACUCGUUGAAAGAAGGUGACAUAACAGAUCAAAAGUGUCGUGAUUUCAUCAUUCGUGAAAUAAAAGAAAUCAAAUCAAAGCUGGAUGGAUUAGCAAGAAAGGAUUUGUUAGCAAGUAUAAGCUUCUUUAACGAAGGAAUCAAGUUUUUGUAUGAGAUGUUCGACGAAGCGAGGCCCAAAGGCGAAAAUAACAACGCCGUAACAACAACACAAGCUGCUACAGCGAUGACUUGUGCUGCUGAAACAUUUUCUCUUACAAAAGGAAUGAGUGAGCUAGAGAUUGGGGAUCUUAGUGCAUCAGCAUCCGGGGCGCUAUCUAGGGCAAAAGACAGAUUCAAAGACGCAAGAAGGAAGGCGACGGAAGCUUUCGCCAACACAGCCUUGUCAACCUCUGACCGCCUUCUAUCCAUGCAGUAUCGUGUUAUGGCAACAAUAUUAGAAACUGUAGACAAUCCGACAUACUCGAUAGCAGCCUGCAUAGUGUGCCUUGAAGAGUUGAAUAGUCUGCCAGCUGUUCAAAAAGGUUUUAAAGUUGAACUCGAGAAAGGGCUUAAGGCUGCAUUUAGCAAAGACCUACGAAGAGACCUGAUCUCCACUGUGUGUCAUAUAAAUCGCGUGAUAUUGAAUAUCGCGCUCAUGGCGGACUUCGGUCACAAGGAGCUGUCAAACUGGCCAUGUGUUGAAAUCGGAGGAAUAAAAGUUUCUCCACUACAAAAUGACAGAGUGUUAAAAGUCCUGAAGAAAAGAGGCAUGGAGCACUGCUUCGGAACUUUGGAAUUACUACGGGGAGAGUAUGGAAGUUUAAUAUGGCCAGUAAGUAUUGCUUCCAACAGCCUUGGACAGUUCCUCGUCGCGAACGACGACGGAGAUAAAAGAGCCAAGUUAUUUGACAGCAGAGGUAAAGUUUUGAACAGUUUCUCUCUCAUGUCGGAUGCCUCUCGUGACGAUGUGUACUGCAUAUGUCAAGUAGCUACUGAUUUGAAUGGCAAGAUCUAUGUACUAGUCGAACUAAAGCCUUGUGUCAAGUCAAUCUUAAAAGAUAACAAUCCCGGAGCAGUGUGCGUGUUUGAUUGUAAUUUUCAACCCCUGCACAAGUUUUCACUAAAAGAGGAAUUUAGCACCGUUGCGUUCAGACCAUCACUGACAGUCAGUGACAGAAACAAAGUACUGAUACUUCUGGUAACACAACCGAAUUACUCACAGAGGAAACCAACCAUUCAAGUUUAUCAGUUUGAUGGUCAAUUUGUUGAUGACUUCGGUGACGGAAUACUGAAGAGUCCAAUUAAUAUCGCCGCUGCAAGUGAUGGUCGAACAUUGGUGACAGAUAGUGGCGAUAAUGGCGAUUCCUGUGUUCACGUUUUUAAUGAAAACGGCGAACAGAUUUUUAAGUUGACAGAAAUGUUAGAAUUCGAUUAUCCAUUUUACACAGCAUUUCACUGGCCAAGUGAACACAUUGUUGUCGCUGGUUUCCGUCCACAGACAAAAGAGCUUCAGGUGCUUAUCUAUACUAAAGAAGGCGAAAUCGUGCGUCGCUUAGAGCAAGGUGCGAAAGGUUUUAGUUCCUUAGUAGAGCUCACAGUGACUGUCGAAGGACGCAUUGGUAUUCUCGCAAUGUUUGAAACUGACCAUCAAACUGAAACUAAAAGUUUGUUUUUCAAGAUACUCGUUAUAUAAGCUGUUAGUAUAUAUCACGCAGCAGGUGAAAAGUACUUUUCGCGCCCGCUGAUUGGCUACUUCGGAGGUUUAUAGCAAAUACUAUUUUCUUCUGAUCUGCCAGUGAGCCAAAUUCGCGCGUCUUAAGUUUAAUUUCCAACAAUUUGUGGUACAAUGACAGAAAUAAACUAAGUUUUUGGUUUCUGUGUGGUAUAUAUUAACAAUUAUUCACCUCAGUGUCGGUGAAAGUGGUGGAUAUUUACCUAGCCGUGAAGUACCUUUAUUCACCUCCACAUCGGUGAAUAAUUGUUAAAUUUCGUGUCUCUUCAUUAGGUCGAAAAGUGCAUAGUUUUCAUUUAAACAGAAUGAGAAGUGAAAAAGGUUGUCACAAACAAAUUAACUGUAAUUACUGUAAUCUUAGGCCUACAAACUUUGUAAAUACAAACAACAUUCUUGGAAA